AUGUCUGGCAUUAGAACGGUUUCCGCGUCAUCGGCAAACGUCAAGAGUUAUGACUCCAUAAUGAAGAUUCUGUUAGUGGGGGACUCCGGUGUUGGAAAAUCGUGUCUUUUAGUGCGCUUCGUUGAAGACAAAUUUAGUCCCUCUUUCAUUACUACUAUUGGGAUCGACUUCAAGAUUAAGACUGUUGAAAUUAACGGCAAGAAGGUCAAGUUGCAGCUAUGGGAUACGGCAGGGCAAGAGCGGUUCCGUACAAUCACAACUGCGUACUAUCGUGGUGCUAUGGGUAUAAUAUUGGUUUAUGAUGUUACUGACGAGCGCACGUUCGCCAAUAUCAAGCAGUGGUUCAGCACGGUCAAUCAGCACGCCAAUGAGGAAGCGCAACUUUUGCUGGUUGGUAAUAAGAGUGACAUGGAUACUCGAGCGGUGACUACCGAGCAGGGCGAAGCUUUAGCAAAGGAACUCGGGAUUCCUUUUGUAGAGGCCAGUGCCAAAGACGACACCAACGUUAACGACAUUUUCUUCCUGCUCGCUAAGUUGAUCCAAGAGAAGAUUGACAGUGAAAAACUUGUGGGCAAUGCUGGACGUGACGGGAAUGUCAAUAUUAAUGGUUCUGGACAAGGCUCCAAGUCCACCAACUGCUGUUAA